AUGAACUUGAUAGCGAUGAACGACAAGGAUGAGAUCUAUGAGGAUCCUGAGUCUACUGAGGUUGAUGAGAGCGAGGACACGGAUGAUACGGGAGCGAGUGUGGAGGCAGCAGAGAAGCAGGAAGAGGAGAUAGUCACCAUGGAGGCAGCAGCAGUGAAUGGUGGAGAUGGAGAUGGUGUCAACACUUUUGCAGCAGCGAUCGUGGUUGAAGAUGAAGCAGUAAAUGCAAAGUGUGUGGGAGUCGCUGUGAAAGGGGACAUCAUGGUGAAGGGAUCAAAGGCGAAUGCAACUGCAAAGGGUAGAGUGCUUACGAAAGAGGAACACGUUGAGGGGUAUGAGACCCGAGAGGUGUUGCGUGUUGAGAUGCCGAGGAGCAGCGAGAGGAUCAAGAAAAUCUCUCAAGGUUUGGAUGUCAAGGCGCUCAACUUCAAGACACGUAAGCAGAGGUUCAAGGAGCCCAAUCUGUCGUCAGCCGCCACGUCAGCAUCCACGUCAGCCGCCACGUCAGUCGCCACGUCGUCAGCAGCAGCGGUAGCGGUAUCUCACGAGUUCCCAGGCGCGCGCAUGGCGUUCACUUCUGACCUUCAGUUCGUGCCUGAGCAUCCGGAGUCUCCUGUGCCGUGCUUCCGUGUGCUGGACCAUGAAGGGGGGCUCGUGGAGGGCGGAGAGGAGCCCGAGUUGGUGCGGGAACAACCAGAGUGGCCAGUUCCAUGCUUCCGAGUGCUGGACCACGAGGUGGGGCUCGUGGAGGGCGCUGAGUUGCCCGAGCUGACUCCAUCCGAGGCAGAGCGCCAUGUACGGGGCAAUGGUGGAGCUGCACUGCAGGCAAUGGAUUCGGUGUUCGAUCCUCCCACCCACAACCUUUAUUCAUCCAAUUACCCUCUCCCACCUGCUUUCCCCCAGCUCACCCACUCUGAGGCAGAGCGCAUGUAUCAAGCAAUGGUCGAGCUUCAAGCAAUGGAUUCGGUGUUCUACGAGGCGCAGAGGCAGGGGCGCUUUUCGUUCUACAUGACCACGGCGGGGGAGGAGGCCGUCAACGUCGCGUCUGCCGCCGCUAUUCACCCCCACGACCACGUCUUUGCCCAGGUGAAAGGGGAAGGUCGCAGUAGCAUGAAGGGUGGAAAGGACGAUAGGGACGAGCCAAACGCGGCAAACGCGGCAAUGGGGCGAUAUCACCGAAGUCGCGGGACUAAGGCCCGCCGAGACGCGGGAAAGGUGUGUACCCUGCCGGUGAGCGCGCGCACACCUCCCUUCAAGGGGCGCGCACCCAGCUGUAAGCAGCGCGCACACCGCAAGCAGCUGAGUGCGCCCCGCUGUAGGCAUCACGCGCCACCUGAGCCUCAGCGCUCGCCCCGCUAUAGGCAUGAGGCGCCUCUUUAG